AUGCCAGCGAAGCAGAAUAAGCGGCAGUGGCCACGCACCGCCAGGACCCCCACCAAGAAACCAACUGCAGCUCUCAGAUUGAAAACUCUGCCGCUGGAAAUUGUUCAACAAAUCAUCCCUCUCUUGGACCCCAUCGCACUGAUUUCCCUCAGCCAAACGGACAGAUACUUCCGGCGCCUAAUCAGCCCAGGAAGAGCAGAAUUUGUCGAUCGACUUUUAGCUCUUGAAUGUCUGGACGAGUACGGGGGCUCAGCAUCAAUCAUUCAUGCCAGCGUAUGCCCUCGCCCAGCCUCGAGCGCAGAGUGGGAGACCAUCAAAUGGGCUUGUACGAGCUGUAUGCGGCUACUACCACAUACUUACUUUGAAAACCACGCAAUCCAACGGUUUAGAUAUCGGAAACCAAUCCCCGGGACACCAGCUGUAGAGGCGGCUACCAAGUGGAGGAUUUCGUUGCGGGGUAAGGUCCAGGGAGGAAAGGCGAUUAAACAUAUACCGCCGCUGGAGCUCAACCAAACACGCAGGGGGCAGAGGAAGAAGGAUGACUGGAUACAUCCUGCCAACGUGAGCAGGUAUCUAGACCGACUCCAAGAAGUUGGGAUACGUAUCGAAGCCAAAGCCGGUGAAGAACCCCCAACACUGGAGACCAAACAAGCUGCGAUGGAGCAAGUCCUUGAGACAUUACAGUUGCAUCGGUGGGGAUUCAAACGCCACCUUCGCAGGUGUCACGAGUGUCGCUAUCAGGCAGGACAAUUGAAUCAACAUCCUAUGUGGCGCACUCCAAUAUCAAACCUCCGGACGAGCAGACGGUUUCUCUAUGCUGGCAUGUUGGAACGAUAUUUCCCGCAAUAUUGGACUGUGCUGAAACACCAGCGGCCUCAACUGCCUCAGGAUCGGACCAUGGAAGUUUGGAAUACGUACAUGGGGAGAUGCCACAUAUGCAGGUCAUGGCAAGAGAUGAGAUCAUUUCGACUAGGUCUGACGCACGGGAACGAUAUAGCCUUCACGGACAAAAACUGGCAUGAUUAUAAUGCGGACCGGCCUGACUACUUUAACUCCCUCGAGUGCAACCGUUGCGUUGCGAAAACGCAGGGCCACGAGGCCCUUGGCAAGACACUGUUGAAAUGGAUUAACGAGCUCAUUGUCAAAGAGGAGAUGCGAUUUUACCAUCAUAUUGUCCGAAGGGGCUUUGCGGACGUAAGAAUUUCACUGGUGAAUCUGUCAUAUAUCACUCGUACAAAGUCGAAGCAACGUAGCCAACUCGACACCAUGUUCGAGAUUGAUCCUCAAGCAUACGCGAGAUGCCUUUCACGAGAUGACGAGAGGGAGCUUCUCAUGCGACACCACGAGGACAUCAAGACCACCUGGGAGGAUCUCUUGUCCCACGAUUCGGAAUUUGCACUUUUCUUUAGCGACAAGAGCGACGAGACGGACUGGGUACGAAAACUGCCCAUGUACCAAGCUUACUGGGUAUGGCUGGGUGAUACCUCGCGUGAACUAAAUGAGAGGCCGUUGGCCCUUGUUAGAUGGGCAAUUAAUGGACGCCAAGCUCAAUAA